AUGUCGAACAGUAUAAAGGUGGUCGCCCGGUUCAGGCCGCAGAACCGGACAGAGAUUGAAUCGGGGGGGUUGCCCAUUGUGAGGUUUGAGAGUGAAGAUACUUGCGCUCUAGAUUCAAAAGAGGCAACUGGUUCCUUCACUUUCGACCGCGUGUUUGAUAUGAACUCGCGGCAGAAAGACGUAUUCGAUUUCUCCAUCAAACCUACCGUCGACGACAUUCUUAAUGGAUAUAAUGGCACAGUCUUUGCAUAUGGGCAAACGGGAGCGGGAAAGUCGUAUACCAUGAUGGGGACGGAUAUAGACAACGAUGAGGGAAGGGGGGUGAUACCAAGAAUCGUAGAGCAGAUAUUUGCCAGCAUUCUGGCCAGUCCAGGCACGAUCGAAUACACCGUCCGAGUUAGUUAUAUGGAAAUCUACAUGGAGAAGAUUAGAGAUUUACUGGCGCCACAAAACGACAAUCUACCAGUCCACGAAGAAAAGAAUAGGGGUGUAUAUGUUAAAGGCUUGCUGGAAAUCUAUGUGUCGAGUGUGCAGGAAGUGUACGAGGUGAUGCGAAGGGGAGGGUCAUCAAGAGCAGUCGCUGCGACCAACAUGAACGCCGAGUCCUCGCGGUCACAUUCGAUAUUCGUAAUUACCAUAACGCAGAAGAACGUCGAGACGGGAUCAGCAAAGAGCGGACAGUUAUUCUUGGUCGAUUUAGCUGGUAGUGAAAAGGUUGGCAAGACUGGUGCUACCGGGCAGACCUUGGAGGAAGCGAAGAAGAUCAAUAAGAGUUUGAGCGCCUUGGGAAUGGUUAUCAACAACCUGACGGACGGAAAAUCACAACAUAUUCCAUAUCGAGACUCGAAACUCACACGAAUUCUCCAGGAGUCUCUAGGGGGAAAUAGUAGGACGACUCUCAUCGUGAAUUGUUCGCCCAGCAGUUACAACGAUGCGGAAACUCUCAGCACUCUGCGGUUCGGUAUGCGAGCAAAGGCAAUCAAGAACAAGGCCAAGGUCAAUGCGGAAAUAAGUCCUGCGGAAAUGAAGGCACAGAUGAAGAAGAUGCAAUCCCAAAUCACCACAUUCGAGCAUUAUUUCCAUACCUUAGACGCCGAGGUACAGCAGUGGAGAUCUGGUGAAUCUGUACCAAAAGAGAAAUGGGCACCUCCUCUCACGGGCGUAGCCGCUACAAAGCUAGACACGAGAGCACCACGACCAUCCACACCCUCGAGACUCACCACUGACAGUCGGGCAGAAACACCCGCCGCAUCAGAAAGAUCAGCCACGCCUUCACUGCCGCUGGAAAAAGACGAAAGGGAAGAGUUUUUAAGGAGAGAAAAUGAGCUGCAGGAUCAGAUAGCGGAAAAGGAAACCCAAAUAGCGGCUCUAGACAAGUCGCUCCGAGAAACAAGAGAAGAGCUCACUUAUCUAAAGGAGCAUGACAACAGAACGAAUAGGGACAACGAGAGGCUUACGGGCGAAGUCAACGAGUUCAGGAUGCAUCUAGAAAGAUUGUCGUUCGAAGGCAAGGAGGCGCAAAUCACCAUGGACGCAUUAAAAGAAGCCAACAACGAACUCACAACCGAGUUGGAUGAACUCAAGCAACAGCUGCUGAACGUCAAGAUGAGUGCAAAAGAGACAAGUGCUGUACUCGAUGAGAAGGAGAAGAAGAAGGCCGAGAAGAUGGCCAAAAUGAUGGCCGGCUUCGACCUUGGUGGUGAUAUAUUCAGUGAAAACGAGCGCUCAAUCAAGAGCGCUAUUGACCAGGUCGAUGCGUUGCAUGAGCAAAGUGCUGCCGGCGAAGCGAUACCCCCACAGGAACUCCAAGAUAUCCGAGCAAGAUUAGUCGAAACGCAGGGGAUAAUUCGGCAAGCUGAGCUGUCUCUUUAUAGUAAUACGUCCAGCGAUGCCAAUUCUAAACGGAGAGAAGAGCUUGAAGUUCGCCUACAGAUAGUUGAACGAGACUACGUGGAUCUUCUCGAAAGAAAUCUCACCGAAGACGACAUCGCUGAAGUCAAGGACCGACUUGCGGACGCAUAUGUCAAUAAGCAGGAUGUGCAGUCUGAGCUGGUGCAAGGCCUCAAGGCGGAAUUGGCACAGAAAGCUUCCGAGAUUCAAAAAUUCAAAGCUGUCAAUGAUGAUUUGCAAAGGCGCGUCAAGACUGGUGCCGUAGCAAAUGGUGCUCCAGGAAUGCCAAAUGGCAAGACAGUCCAACAGCAGAUUGCUGAAUUUGAUGUCAUGAAGAAGAGUCUCAUGCGUGAUCUCCAAAACAGAUGCGAGCGUGUGGUCGAGCUUGAAAUUUCCCUUGAUGAAACUCGGGAGCAGUACAACAAUGUCCUUCGAUCAUCAAAUAAUCGUGCCCAGCAAAAGAAGAUGGCUUUGCUUCAGCGGAAUCUUGAGACGCUCACAACUGUUCAAAAACAACUUGUGGAUCAAAAUGGCACUUUGAAGAAAGAUGUCGCGAUUGCAGAACGUAAACUUGUUGCCAGAAACGAACGCAUUAAUUCUCUCGAGUCGCUGCUGCAGGAUUCACAGGAAAAGCUAACGGCCGCAAAUCACAGGUUCGAAGCUCAACUUGGCGCCGUGAAAGAACGUCUCGAGGCAGCCAAGAGCGGUAGUACUCGUGGUCUUGGAUCACCCACCGGACCCGGUGGUUUCUCUUUUGGCGGAGCAGGAAGUCGAAUCGCCAAACCACUUCGAGGAGGUGGUGCUGUUGAGAAUGCUCCUAUCCCAGUCAUUUCUGGUCUACAGAACGAGGCCAGCGGCAACUCGGGCAACAAGCGAACGUCCUGGUUCUUCUCUGGACAGAAAUAG